UAUGGCUACCGGUCCCUUCACCGACAUCCCCAAAAUCACCCCCGGAUUCAAAAAUACAGAACACCUUCGUUUACACCACUAUCGUGAAGAAAAAAAAUCCCCCAAUCCACCCAAACAUCGCGAAACGGAAGCUUCCUUUCUUCCGUGAGAAAUAAGGAAGAAACACGCAGGACCAUUUCCGGCAUUAAAAAAAUUCCGAAGCAGCGGACAGUUAGUCCAGUCCUGUCGGUUUAAGCGGUAGGAUCCGAACAGUGAUCCAAAGCUCAGAACUUUCUAGGGUUUACUGAAACCGAUCAGCAGCUCAAGAAAUGCUCGUUUCGGCUCUGUUGACGUCGCUCUUAAUAAACUCCGGCCUCUGUGUCCUGUUCUUCACGCUCUACUCUAUCCUGCGAAAACAGCCCAGCAAUUAUGAGGUUUACAUGCCGAGAUUGCUCGCCGAAGGAGAGUCCAACACGUCGAGUAUUUUCAACCUCGAACGGCUGAUUCCGUCUCCCGAUUGGGUCAAGACGGCCUGGCAGCUCACCGAGGACGAUUUGUUGUCGUCCUCGGGAUUGGACGCGGUCGUUUUUAUGAGGCUUAUCAAUUUCAGCCUCAGAGUGUUUUUGUUUGCUGGAGUGAUUGGGGUCUUCGUUCUGCUUCCGAUCAACUGCUCCGGAAAUCAGCUUCAGUACGUUGACUUUACCGAUCUGUCGAACAACUCUCUGGACGUGUUUACCAUUUCAAAUGUGAACAAUGGCUCAAGCAAGUUAUGGAUUCACUUUGUUGCUGUGUACCUUGUCACCAUCUUUGUCUGCUGUCUACUUUAUUAUGAGUAUAGAUAUAUUUCUCAGAGAAGGACCGACUAUUUUCUUUCAUCCAAACCUCAGCCACAUCAGUUCACCAUCUUAGUUCGUAGCAUUCCUGUUUCUGCUGGGAGUGGUGUCAGUGAAAAAGUUGACAGCUUCUUUAGGGAGUAUCACCCUUCAACAUAUCUGUCGCAUAUUGUUGUUCGUCGAACAAACAAGCUUCAAAGUCUCAUUAAUGAUGCGAAAAAACUAUAUACCAGGCUCAUUCACUUGCAAUCAGAUCCCAACCAGCAAAAGUAUAAACGUUCCAGUUGUUUUGGGUUGUUUGGACGCAAGGUUAAUCUUGUGGAUCAUUAUGAAAAGAAGCUUGAAGACAUAGAGGAGAAUGUGAGAUUGGAGCAAUCAGAGGUUUCAUUAGCAGGAGAAGAAGUCCGAUCUGCUUUUGUAUCCUUCAAGUCUCGAUAUGGUGCCGCAGUUGCUCUCCACUUGCAACAAUCAACCAAUCCUACACACUGGGUCACAGAGCAAGCUCCUGAACCUCAUGAUGUUUACUGGCCCUUCUUUUCGUCAUCAUUCCUCCGAAGAUGGAUAUCUAAGCUGGUGGUUAUAUUAGCAUGCAUUCUCCUAACAGUCUUAUUCCUCAUUCCUGUUGUAGUUGUCCAAGGUCUUACUAACCUGAACCAGUUGGAAGUUUGGUUUCCCUUUCUCACUAGCGUUCUAACCAUCACAUUUGUUAGUCAAGUCAUUACAGGCUACCUCCCUAGUCUUAUCCUUCUGUUGUUUCUGAAAAUGGUGCCCCCUGUCAUGGAGUUCCUUUCAUCCAUUCAAGGAUAUAUUUCUAACAGUGAUAUACAAAAGAGUGCAUGUUCAAAAGUACUGUGGUUCACAAUAUGGAACAUUUUUUUUGCUACUGUAUUUUCUGGCUCAGUUUUGUAUAAGGUUUCUCUCUUUCUUGACCCCAAGAACAUUCCUUCAAGGCUAGCUGUUGCUGUUCCAGCACAGGCUUCUUUUUUCAUUGCUUAUGUAGUCACAUCAGGAUGGACGAGUACUUCUUCAGAGCUCUUUCGCAUAUUUCCUUUACUCUGGAGUCUAAUAAAAAGACCUUUUACUGCCAGUAGAGAUACUGAACUUGAAGUUCCAGGAAUUCCUUAUCAUAGUCACACCCCAAGAAUUCUUUUCUUUGUACUUCUCGGGAUCAACUACUUCUUCCUAGCUCCACUAAUUCUGCCUUUCCUCUUGGUGUACCUCUGUCUUGGAUACAUCAUCUAUCGCAAUCAGUUCAUAAAUGUAUAUGCUCCUCAGUAUGAAACUGCAGGGAAGUUUUGGCCGAUCGUGCACAAUUCGAUGAUAUUUUCUCUGGUACUUAUGCAUGCUAUUGCAGUUGGAAUCUUUACAUUGAAGAAGCUCUCUCUAGCAUCAACCUUAGUUUUUCCUCUUCCUGUAUUAACACUUCUGUUUAAUGAGUACUGCCGGAAACGCUUCCUGCCCAAUUUCAUUGCUUACCCUGCUGAGAGUUUGAUAAGAAAGGACAGGCAAGAUGAGAACGAUCCUACAAUGCCUGAAUUUUUGGAUGAAUUGAUCAGCUUCUAUCAGGACCCAGCCUUGAUGCCUAUCCACUAUUCUGGGAGCAGUGACAGACUUAACAGCCCUCUUUUAUCUUCUGUUCAUCAAGCACAGGUUUGAGGUACAUUUUUAUGUGAUAUCUUAUUCUUUUCCCUGUACAAUAGAAGUUUCUUCAAAAGAUCACUCUUCCAUCCCGAUUGAUGUGCUUAUUCUCCUUGUGUAUGCAUGCAUAUCCAUCUGUGAAUGGACGUGUACAACCAACCAUAUGAUCUAUUAAUAGUUGUGUUCUUGAGAUCAAUUUUCAUAAACUUGUCCCAACUGAUUUUCCUUCAAUCUGGAACUAUCAGCAUGCCAUGUAGUCUCUAAUUCUUUUAGCCCGCUCUAAUCACAAUUAGUUACAAAUGCAACCCUUACUAAAGAAGGAGCAAAGUAAUUAACUAAAUGAUUGUCAACUUCUUAAAGGUAUCUUUCAAGAUUUGAAGUGCUGCAAUAUCCAAUGUAUGUUCCUUGUGUUUAUAGAAUUCACUAGGUAAAUCAUCAUUAGUUACUGUCUUUCUUUGGUCUAAGUCAUCAUCAGUGUCCGCCUCUUUAGUUUCGAAGAUAGUCAAGGGAAGAAGGUCAAUGGUCUAGAUUUUCAUGUCAAGGAUCUUCUCAGUCUUCUUCUCAUGAGUAGUAUGAGCUAAAAUUUAGGAAAAAAGAAAAUUUGCUCUAUCCACUUUAAGAUAGAUAAAUAUAUCUGAUUCUUCCCCUUUAUACAGCAGAUUGUCAAAAGCUUCUCCUUUUCAUUUGCCACAUUGCAUGAGAGAGAGAGAGAGAGAGAGAGAGAGAGAUGUUUUAGAAUGAUUCUAAUUUAGUUUUACUAUUAUACAGUGAUGGAUUGGAUUCUUUUCAAAUUGAUUUGAAAAAUAUGCAUAUGAAUUUCAUUGUUCCAAGUUAUAUUUGAAUGAAGCUGGUUCUGUAACCUGUUCUGCAAAUAUAGAUCAGCUAUGGCCCAAAUCUGUCCUUAUGACUUCGGCCAUCUUUGUAAACAUCAUAUACAACAUUAAACAUUAAACAUUUAAUUAAAGAAUUAAUUAGUUUUCUAAUUUGCUCUUAAUUA